GAAACGAUAGAAACGUGUCGAAAAAAUAUAUUGCAGCUUAGUGAUUUUUUCGUCUUGGAAGUUUGUAAUUUCUUUCUCGAUAAAUAUAUUCUACAGAUUUUAAAAUAUAUAACAGGAUGUCCGAAAACGAAGCGAAAUUCGAUGCAAUGUUGUUAGCUAUUGCUCAACAACACGAAGGUGGUGUUAAAGACCUGUUAGAAACAAUCUUUAGUUUUUUGGAAAGGAAAACAGAUUUUUAUACUGGAGGUGGCGAAGGUGCAGCUGAAAAGCUUAUUACCGGAAAAUUCAAAAAGUAUGAAGCAAUUGCUUUAGAGAAAGCUGCUGCGAAGAAAGCUAAACGCGCAGAAUUAGAAAGAAUAUCGAAAGAAAAGUUGGAGAAAAAGAAGGAAGAAGAAAAAUUAGAAGAACAAAUGGAUAUGGAUUCUAGAAUAGUUGAAUUGACGGAUGAGCAAGCGGUUAAAUUGCAACAAGAGAUAGAUAAAAAAAAGAUAUCUAAAGAAGCAACUGCUGUUCCUGGAACUAGUGGUGUUAAUGCUGACGGUGAUUUAAAGAAAGAGAAUAAAGAAAUCGAUGAUGAUGAUGAUGAAGAAGAUGAGAAAGAAAAAAAUAAACUAAGGCCUAACUACGGUAACGGUGCAGAUAUGCCAAACUACAGGUGGACGCAAACUCUUCAGGAAGUCGAAAUACGAGUGCCAUUGAAAAUCAACUUCUCCGCCAGACAGAAAGACGUGUCUGUGACGAUAACGAAAAAACAUCUUACCUGUGGUGUCAAAGGACAACCUCCGAUUAUCGACGGUGAUUUUCCUCAUGAGGUCAAAUUAGAAGAGUCUACGUGGUUGAUAGAAGAUGGCAAAGUUCUUUUGAUCAAUUUAGAAAAAGUGAACAAAAUGCAAUGGUGGGCUCACGUGGUAACUUGCGAUCCCGAGAUUAGCACUAAGAAAGUUAAUCCUGAACCAAGUAAAUUGUCCGACCUUGACGGUGAAACCAGAGGUCUCGUUGAGAAGAUGAUGUACGAUCAAAGCCAAAGGAAACUCGGACUGCCGACUUCGGAUGAACAGAAGAAACAGGAUGUGAUCAAAAAGUUCAUGGAGCAACAUCCAGAGAUGGACUUCUCCAAGUGUAAAUUUAAUUAAAAUUACAUUUUAAUCUAUUUGAUCAAACAAAAGUCAUUCAAUAUGAACAGGUUUCAUCCUUAUAUGGCGAAUGUUCUAUAACUCGUUGUUGAUGUACGUAUACAGGUCUUUUAAGAGUCGAAUGGAAAAAACGUAUUAUAAGUAUUCCUUUUUAUUUCGUUAACUAUAUCAUAGCAACCUUGCAUUCUUCGAACUUGACAGUUCUGUACAAACAAGACGUAGGCUGUUUUGUAAUGAAAGAACGCCAUAUGAUGGCAGCACUCUCUGCUACGUUGAAUCGAUUUAACUGUUGUAAAACAGAGAACUAUGUUGUCAUGUUUAAACUCGCCUUUUUGUCUACUUAAGUUCAACUCACAUUGCAUUUCUCUCAUUCCUACAAAAUAAUGCGAACAAAAUAAUGAGUACAGACAACCUACACAAUGUAAUAAUACGUUUUUCAUUUUUACUUAUCAUUGUAGAUAUUACGUUUUCUUAUUAUUGAAUAAAGAAUUUUCGAAUACAA